AUGAGAAGAGACUUGGAGGAAGACCUUGUUGGAGAGGACGUGUCUGCAGGAGAAUGCCAGGGCAGGGUACACUGUUCACAAGUUAUUGUGGAAUAUUGGUGCUUCACUGGUUACUGCAGGGCCAGUCCAAGGAACCCUUUGUUUUGGUAUUUAAUUCUGACCCUGCAUAUAUUAGAUAAGGAGUAUCUUCUGGGCUUACCAGCCUACCAAAAGCAGCUGACCAUCUCUCAAAAUAAGAGAGUCCUGCUUGGAAAAAUCAGCAAGGAGAAAUACUACAAGAACAUUGGUCUGGGCUUCAAGAUGGCCAGGGAGGCCACUGAGGGCAUCUACAUUAACAAGAAAUGCCCUUUAUUGUCAAAGGGAGAGAUCCUAUUUGGUAUAGUGACCAAGAUGAAGAUGCAGGGGACUGUUGUCACCUGCCAAGACUACCUUCACUAUGUCCAAAAGUACAACUGCAUUGAGAAGUGCCCUAAGAAUAUGUCUGUGUCCCUGUCCUUCUGCUUUGGAGACAUUGAGAUCAGUGACACAGUCACAGUGGGCAAGUGUUGGCCCUUGAGCAAGACCAUGUGCUGUGAUGUGCUUGAAGUCAGCAAAGCCACAGACACCAGGAAGCAGUUCCAGAAGUUGUGAGACUAGACACCUGUCCACUCCCCCAAAUGAAGUAUUUUCCCAUUCAAAAACAACAAUAAACAUUUACCAUUUCAUCAAUUUGGAGGGCCAAAAAUUUGGAAGUGGCUUAUCUAGAUGGUCUGGCUUGAGGUCUUUUGUGAAGUUGUGAUCAGGUAUAUUGGCUGGGGCUAUAGUCAUCUGAAGGUUUGACUGAGGCUAGAGAAUCUGCUUCCAAGAUAGCUCACUUUCUGCAUGUUGGUGCUACCUGUUGUUAGAAGUCCUAAGUUGCUUACUUAAGACUUCUCUACAGAACUGCUUAAGUGUCAUCACAUUUGGGACCUGACUUCCUCCAGAAGAAGUGACCCAAGAGAGAAUGAGAUGAAAGCAGUGAUUGUUAUGAUCUAGCCUCAGAAUUCACAGUCACCAUUUCUAUAGUAUGCUGUUAAUUACACAGGUUGGCCCUAUUCAGUGUGAAAUGAGGUAUGAGUACCAGAAAGAGAGAGUCAUUGAGGGCUAUUUUGGAGGGUGGUUAUUGUGGGUGUAUUUCCCUUUUAAUUUCUUUUGUGAGAUAAGGAGAAACAGCCUGCUUUCUUUAACUCUAAGUCCUAUUUGUAAUUUUAGGUCGUUGGUUUGAAAGGAAAAUGUAAGCAUAUUAAAAAAAAUAGUCCAUAUUAAAAUGGAACUUAGCCUAUUUCAUGACCCAGCUUAUAUAGUUUUAGGACUU